AUGUCCAAGACGCUGCGGAAGAAGCGGCACUGGCUGAGCAAGGUGCAGGAGUGCGUGGUGUCCUGGGGCGGCCCGGCGGGCCCCGACCCCGAUCUGCUGCGCGGUGGCGCCGAGCGCGGCGAGUUCCCGUACCUGGCGGGCCGCCUGCCCGCGGGCGGCGAGGGCACGCCGGGCCCCGCGCUUCUCUCGGGCAAGGCGCCGGCGCCGGGGGACGUGCUGCUGGAGGUGAACGGUACCCCGGUGAGCGGCCUCACGCACCGCGACACGCUAGCCGUGGUGCGGCACUUCAGGGAGCCCGUGCGCCUCAAGACCGUGCGCCCAGGAAAAGUCAUCAACAAGGACUUGCGCCACUACCUGAGCCUUCAGUUCCAGAAGGGCUCAAUAGACCACAAACUCCAGCAAGUGAUCAGAGACAAUCUCUAUUUGAGAACCAUCCCUUGCACUACAAGGGCUCCCAGAGAUGGGGAGGUCCCUGGGGUAGACUAUAAUUUCAUUCCUGUUGAGCAGUUUAAAGCACUGGAAGAAAGUGGAGCCUUGCUAGAAAGUGGAACCUAUGAUGGUAAUUUUUAUGGUACUCCAAAGCCUCCAGCAGAGCCCAGCCCCUUUCAACCUGAUCCAGUGGAUCAAGUUCUUUUUGACAAUGAUUUUGAUACUGAAUCGCAGAGGAAAAGAACCACAUCUGUUAGCAAAAUGCAAAGGAUGGAAAGUGCUCUCCCUGAAGAGGAGGAAGAGGAGGAAAAGGAAGCAGUUAAUGGCGGCAGUGGGAUAGAAAACAAAGAAAAACAUUCAGAUUCUCCUGACUGGAUGAAGCCUGUUCCCAGCUACAACCAGACAAGCAGCAACAUGGACUUCAGAAAUUAUUUGUCGAGGGAUGAGACCCUGGAACCACUACCCAAGAACUGGGAAAUGGCCUACACAGACACUGGCAUGAUCUACUUCAUUGAUCACAACACCAAGACAACCACAUGGCUUGAUCCCCGGCUCUGUAAGAAGGCCAAAGCUCCUGAAGAUUGUGAAGAUGGAGAACUUCCAUAUGGUUGGGAGAAAAUAGAAGACCCUCAGUAUGGGACAUACUACGUUGAUCAUAUUAAUCAGAAAACUCAGUUUGAAAAUCCAGUGUUGGAAGCCAAAAGGAAAAAACAGCUAGGACAGACUGAUGCUGGCCCUUCCAAAUCAGGACCAGGGAGGUCUGUCUUCACUCGAGAUCCAUCCCAGCUUACUGGAGCACUUAUAAGGACAUCCCUGAAAAAAAGUACCAUGGGAUUUGGCUUCACAAUCAUUGGAGGGGACAGGCCUGAUGAGUUUCUCCAGGUGAAGAAUGUGUUAAAAGAUGGACCUGCUGCACAAGAUGGAAGAAUUGCUCCAGGUGACGUCAUUGUGGACAUAAAUGAAAGUUGUGUCCUUGGCCAUACCCAUGCAGAUGUUGUCCAGAUGUUUCAGCUCAUUCCCAUCAAUCAGUAUGUGAAUAUGACUUUGUGUCGUGGGUACCCUCUUCCUGAUGACAAUGAAGACCCUGUGGUGGAUAUUUUGACAGCCACGCCUGUCAAUAAUGGCCCGCCGGUGGCCAAGGGAGAUGCUUCUGUGUCCAGCCAAGAUUUAGCAGCAGGAACAGUUGUGUUGGACCAGAAUGGAAAAGUGUUGGUCAACGGUCGCCUGAACGGCCCUUCCAUGGAUUCAGCAGAGCAGAGGGUCUCCUUUGCCUCCUCAGGAGGCUCUCAGCCGGAGCUGGUCACCAUCCCUCUGGUCAAAGGGCCUAAAGGCUUUGGGUUUGCCAUUGCAGACAGUCCCACAGGCCAGAAGGUGAAGAUGAUUUUGGACAGCCAGUGGUGCCAAGGCCUACAGAAAGGGGAUGUCAUCAAGGAGAUUUGCCAUCAGAAUGUGCAGAGCUUGACCCACUUGCAGGUGGUGGAAGUGCUCAAACAGUUUCCAGUGGGAGCAGAGGUGCCCCUGCUUAUCUUGAGAGGAGGUCCACCCUCACCUACUAAAGCUGCCAAAGGAAAGGACAAGCAGGACAGUUCAGGGAGUUUGGAAGCUGUCAGUGAUACCAUUCCACAGCCGAUGCCCUUCCCACCCUCUGCUAUGCAACCAGGCUCUCCUAAACUGGACCCUUCCGAAGUCUACCUGAAGUCUAAGACGAUUUAUGAGGAUAAACCUCCAAACACAAGAGAUUUAGAUGUUUUCCUGAGAAAACAAGAGUCAGGCUUUGGUUUCCGAGUGCUUGGCGGGGACGGACCAGAUCAGCCUAUUUAUAUUGGAGCUAUAAUCCCAUUGGGAGCAGCAGAGAAGGACGGGAGGCUGCGUGCAGCAGAUGAGCUGAUGUGCAUCGAUGGAGUCCCCGUGAAAGGGAAGUCACACAAGCAAGUUCUGGAUUUAAUGACCAGUGCUGCACGGAACGGGCAGGUGCUGCUCACUGUCCGGAGGAAGAUCUUCUUCAGUGGUGAAAAGCAGGCAGAGGAGGAGGAGCCACAGCCUGUCCUGACACAGAACGGUUCUCCCCGGCUGAACCAUGUUGACUUUGCCAACCAGCCAUGCCCAGAGGUCUAUGACGUCCGUCUGCAGAGGAAGGAGAAUGAAGGCUUUGGUUUCGUCAUCCUCACCUCCAAGAACAAACCUCCUCCUGGGGUGAUUCCUCACAAGAUUGGGCGGGUUAUCGAGGGAAGCCCGGCUGACCAGUGUGGGAAGCUGAAGGUGGGGGAUAGAAUCUCAGCAGUAAACAGCCAGUCCAUCGUGGAGCUCUCCCAUGACAGCAUUGUGCAGCUCAUUAAAGAUGCAGGCACUGUGGUGACCCUCACGGUGGUGGCUGAGGAAGAGCAACGUGGUCCUCCAUCAGGAACAAACUCGGCCAGGCAGAGCCCAGCCCCACAGCACCGACCACUGGGAUUGGCACCAAUCAACCCUGACAGGGGAGCUACAGAAGGUGAAGCUGGAAAAGAAGUUUCAUGUAGUUACCGCCUGUCCUGGCCUGAACACAAGCACAUGGCACAGUUGGAUGCUGCUUCAGGUGUUGGCAGCCGUCAUUCCCAGGUACAAAAAAACAUCCAGAGGAGUCCUGGCUGUUUCCCAGUGGAGUUGGAAAGGGGCCCUCGAGGAUUUGGAUUCAGCCUCCGAGGAGGAAAGGAGUACAACAUGGGCUUAUUCAUCCUCCGUCUGGCUGAGGAUGGGCCAGCAGUCAGGGAUGGGAGAGUCCAUGUUGGUGACCAAAUUGUGGAAAUUAAUGGAGAACCUACCCAAGGAAUCACUCACACACGAGCCAUUGAGCUGAUUCAGGCUGGAGGAAAUAAAGUUUUGCUGCUGCUGAGACCAGGGACUGGACUGAUACCAGAUCACAGUGAUUGGGAUAACCACGAUCCUGUUUCAUCAAAUGUAAUAUAUGUAGAACAGUCACCAUUAUUAUCUUCAUCUUCCCAUUCUGCUUCCCCAUCUGAAGUGUGUUAUUUAGCAGUACCAGGAGAAAAUUUAACCAGAGUUCAGCUGUCUGAGGAACUGGAACAAGCAGAGAACACUGUGGCUGAUAAUAUAAGCACUUUAACUGAAAACCAAUGUGAAAGGAAGCCUCAGUCUUUUCCCCAGAGAACAAAGAAGAGAUGGGAAUGUCCCUCGAGUCCUGGGCUUGGAAUCACUAAAGGUAGUUCAGAAGCAGAGAUCAGAAGGGGCAGAUCUGCCAGUCCAGCAAAGUCAGGGGCUGCUGAAGGAUAUCCUCACAUUGGAUUACACAUUCCCAGGAAAGGGGAUACUGAGAAAAACAAUCUCUCACAUAAAUCUGACAGUUCCAGGAGUGAGAGUAGAACGACAGAAAUAAGGAAGAAGAAUAGUGACAACAAGGAGUCUUCUAGUGGAAAUCGAGGAAGGUCAGCAAGUCCCCAAAUGCAUCUCAGCAAGCCAGGAAACGCAGAAACAGUGGGAAGGAUCCAAGGUAGAACAUCCUCUGGUGAUAAAGUAACUGUUAAGCAGUUGAAAGAUGGGAACGGUAAACCGGAAGUCACAAAGAAAGAGAUGAAGCAGAAGACCCCAGGAAAGACUGGAGGGUGUUCUGCAGACCAACAUUACCCAGUGUUUGGUGGAAAUAACCUUCCCUUCAGGGACUCCAGGAGAAAUGCCUCUGAGGAUGAUUUAUUAACCAAGUCCAGCUCUGAAGACACAGGUUCCAGCAGAUUCAAAACAUCCAGCCUUUCCAAUAUCCCACUGCUUUCCAUGGAGAAACAAAGGAGGGUGGAAACAGAGGAAGCUCUUAGGCUGAACAGAUACCACAGAGAGAGACACAUGGAGCUGCCCAAUGAAACCAAAGAUGGAACUUCCCAGCCUGAGAGGAAUUGUUCAGUAAGGAAAACAGUGAUAACCCCAGGGCCUUGGAAGGUCCCCACUGGCUGUAAGGGCUCCCCAGCAGCAGGGGUGCCUGGAAAACAGGUGUGACUGACUGACAGACACUAUUUUUUAGAACAUGUUUUGUUCAAUUUUCCAGUAAGUGUAAUUUAAAACAUUGGUUCUUCUCAAUAACUGGUUAGAGGGGGGAAAGCAUUUGAUUUGCUCUUAAAUUAACUAAGCUCCAUGAAGGACCUUUCAGAUUGCUUCAGUGAAAGCUUCCAUGAGCUGCUGUCCCCAUGUCCCUUCACAGGCCACGUCUGCUGCUCCCAGUGUUGCACUGCUGCAGCUUCCCUGCAUAUUGUGAGCUCUGAACAAAGUUACUUAAUGCCUCUAUUGCCAACGCGAUCCUGACUCACUUCCUGUUCUUGUGCCAAGCUAUCUACCGUAUCCAGUCAAUCUAAUCCUACCCAUGUGGAUUCCAGUCACAGACAAGGCAGGUUUGGGCUGAAGUGGGUGUUUUCUCUAGAGCACUUGCAGGUUUACAUCAGGAAACCCACAUGCUCUUGCUGGGUCAGGGAGAACAUGGGCAAAUUUGUUUUCUCAGUUCCAGGGCAGCAAGUGAGCUGCUGAUGCUGCUCAGUUCAUAUAUUUCCUAGAAUUUUAUAACUAAUGCCAAACCCUGUAGCUAAAUAUGGUGCUUGACAUAAUUUCGUAAUUUUGCUUUUUCUGACACAGCAAAAUCAUUUUAGUUCCUUGAUUCACAGGAAUUUUGGUUGCAAACAUCUGUGGGAAGAGAGAAAAUUCUGGGUUCUGUUAAAUAACACAAUUACUUUGGAUUCACUGGUGGCACCAUGACACACUCAGCCUCGAUGUGGAAGUGAUACUCAAGUCCCAUCUUUAAUUAUUUAAUACUAGUUAGGAAUUGGGGUUUUUUUCCCUCUGUAGAGGCAAGAACUGACCUUAGGAUGGACUCAGCUGCCAGAGCAGCUUUUUCAGUGAAGUUCUUGCCUAUAGAUUUUAGAACUUACCCCAGUUUACUACGAAUGUGCGAUCAAGGAGUGUUGAUGACAAACAGGAUACAGGAGAAACACCAUCUAUGGUUUGGGCUGGUAGAGAUCCUUAAAGGGGGAUGUUACCACCAGAACCUACUGGCACAUCAGUCCUACAGCUGUAAGAUCAACAGAAAUGGAAAGGCUUUAUUUUAUUCAUAGUUUUAGUGAUUAUUUCUUGACAUAUGAGAUUUUUAAUGACUGCAGAAAAGUGGUAAAAGGAGGCCCUUGGCCCAGUCUACUGGAGAAAGAAGAGUAAAUGAUUGAGCUUUACUAACUUAAAAUACAAACAAGAUUUACUCUUUUCAAGUGAAUAUCUGGUUUUGGCUUUGAAACAUUAAAUGUUUUUAAAGGCUAACAAAGCACAGUGAGGCAGUUCUGAGUGGAAUUCUUCACAAGCACAGCUGACUGCUCAAACACCUUUUAAACAAAGACUUUGGGAAUUCAAAAGGCUUUUAUAGCACCUCUGAACUGUGCUCACCUGCUCGACACUGGGUGAGCCACUAACACCAGGUUUGCUGUGUAGUGUAACACAUACAAAUACUCCCUGGUUGGAAUAUGACUGUGAAAUAUUUAAUACUCUGAAGUAGCCUGUGUAGAUAUUGCCCUGUGAUCUUCCCCAGAGGUUGAUUUAUGUUCAGCUGUACGCACACGGCCUGACCACUGUGUAUGGCGACAAACCCAGUCCUUCAAUUCCAGAUGAAUUAGCCACAGUGAAAUAAUUUCCCUGACAUCAACUCCUAUCUAUUUUUCUAUAUGUUCAAGUGACCUGAUAAUGUCUUAGCUGUGUGUAAUGUCUCCUUCCAGAGACCUUGUAUCUGUACUUCCUGUAUCAGACUUACCCAUGUGGCCUUGGAAUGCUACGCAGUGUAUGGAUGUACUGAGUGUAAAUGUUUAUAUAUUGUACAGCACCUUUCUACAGACUUCUGAGGUUCUGACUAGAGACAGACCGGUAAAUAGCUCAUUAUUUUUUAUAUAGCUA